ACUGAUUUGGUUGUCCAGUUACAAAGUCCAAUACGAUAUGCGAACCCCUGACGUGUGCCUUCAAAGAGCGGGACCUGUACAAUUUACAAUGUAUACUGCGAGAAUUCAGGGCAUGAUGGGCAUUGUUUGUUGACAAUUGUUUAAUUGUAUCCAUUAAAUGCAGCUUCUUUCUUUCCACACCUGAUCACAUACUGUAAAUCUGUGCCUUGAAAUUAUGGUACAGACAGUCCUGCCACACUUGUCAAUUAUGUCACUACAAUUACACAUAAUCUGCUGAACCACGUUUAUAUCGCGCAAGUAUUCAAAAUUAACAUAUCUAUAUUUGUACUUUUGUAGGCCUAUUUCUGAAAAUCUACUUAAAAAACGGACCGCUUCAGUGAAAGCCAUUCCUAGCUUGCAGCACCCAGAAGUGAACAGAUGGCGACCCGGAAGGUCUGAAGUAACUCUGACUGAAGACAAGCAAAAAUAACCUUUUAUCAAAUAUAAUAAAAUCUACAAUCGAGGUGUCAGAAUGGCUGAACCUCGUUUUAAUAAUCCCUACUUCUGGCCUCCACCCCCCACCAUGCCUGGGCAGAUGGAUAAUAUUGUGUUGAUCAACAAGAUCAAGGAACAGCUGAUGGCUGAGAAGAUCAGACCACCCCACCUGCCUCCUUCCACAGUUCUCUCCCCUCAGCAACGACUGGGGAAUCCUACACAGACAGGAGGUGGGCAGCAAGUCCAGAUGUCAGUACAGAAACUGCAGCAGAUGCAACAAGGUCUCCAUGUCCACAGCUCGUCCCAGCCAGACAUUGCCCUGCACCCCCGGACGGCCUCCAGCUCAGUCGCAGGACGUAUUCUUGGUGAUGUAAAUUUGAAUCUGGACGAUAAGACGGCUAUAAAAGCAAGAGGAUUGUGGGAAGACUGGCAUUUGCGUCAAAUCAUUGACCAACCCUCUAGAACGAAUCACCUAUCAGGUCUGGCACUUUCCUCUCGAACUGGCAACCAUAACACCUCCAUCACUCUGACCACACCCACCUCCAACAGCCAGAGCCAGCUAGGCGGAGCCCUCUCGCCUCAUGUCCUCUCCAGCUUGGCCAGUGGCCCUGGGAUGGAGCAAAUCAAAAGUAACGGGGGCCUUGCUGGACUGCUGGGGCGAGGGCGUAAGAAGAUAAAAGCAGAGAACAGUGGUGGCCCUCUGUUGGUGGUACCUUACCCAAUCCUCGCUUCAGGCAACGACCAAUCCUGCCACAACAUCAUCCCCAAAGAGGGCAAAUGCUACAGGUGUAAAUUGUGCCCACUGACCUUCUUCUCCAAGUCAGACAUGCAGAUGCACUCCAAGUCCCACACAGAGGUCAAGCCGCACAAGUGUCCCUACUGCUCCAAAUCUUUCACCAACGCAUCCUACCUGGCCCAGCACCUCCGCAUUCACCUGGGUGUCAAACCUUAUCACUGCUCUUACUGCGAGAAAUGCUUCCGCCAGCUCUCCCACCUGCAGCAGCACACAAGAAUUCACACUGGGGAUCGGCCCUAUAAAUGUGCCCAUCCAGGUUGUGAAAAAGCCUUCACCCAGCUCUCCAAUCUGCAGUCUCACCAGAGACAGCACAACAAAGACAAGCCCUACAAGUGUCCAAACUGCUACCGUGCCUACUCGGACUCAGCCUCAUUGCAGAUUCACUUGUCUGUGCAUGCCAUCAAAAACGCCAAGGCCUACUGCUGCAGCAUGUGUGGCAGAGCCUACACCUCAGAGACCUACCUUAUGAAGCACAUGUCUAAACACACGGUGGUGGAGCACCUGGUGAGCCAUCACUCUCCACAGAGGACAGGGUCUCCUAAUAUCCCCAUACGGAUAUCCCUCAUCUGAGAAAUUCACCUUGACACCCUACCCCUGACCCUCAUGGAGGAACCCCCUGUAAGGUCACCCCUCCACUUUAGCGUAAUCAAUCCUAGAUAUGGGAUUUUAUUUGUUUGUUUUCCCCUAUGUGGGUUCCAAAAAUGUGCCAGACUGUAUUUGUACCUUUUCAAAAGAUGCCAGACUCUUUUUAUUUAUUUUUUGUAUUUUGUGGUUGGGGAAUGUUUGGGACAUCCAAAAAUGAUUUUACAGCACUUUCAGGCCUCAUGGUAGAGUAAAAACCUUUUUGGCCUAUGCUAAGACAUUAAAAAGCAUUGCUCCAGGCAGCUAAAAACAUUCACCCUAGGUGUUAUAAAGCAUUAAAUGACCACUUUUUUAUAUUGUUAUUCUCCCUAUACUCUUUGCAAAAGUAUAUUUGCAUUGGGAACUUUUGUCUUCCUUUUAGUUAGGCCAAGAAGAUGAAUAGCUAAAUCAUUUAUUCAAGCGUUUUUUGUACCAAUCCUAAUGUCAAUGUUUGCAUCAUUUUGUUACUUAAAAAGAAAAUGUUCUCAAGUAAGCUUUAUCACAUUUAAGUAUGUCUUUUAGACAACAAUGCACACAAAAUACUUUCCAAUUGGAGGGUCAAUACCUAUGUGUUAUUGUUGUAGUUGUAUUUUCUCACUUGUUAUUGUCCAUGGUAUUUAAAAGGAAACUGUUCAAGGCCAUCCUGAAGAGCACUAAAAUAUAUAUUUUGAAUCAGAUGCUGAUAUUUGUAGAACCUUCAAUGUUUUGGUUUGCUGAAUUGAUAAGCACUGCCAUGUAUUGAAGAAAUGAAAUGGUCCAUUAUGGAACUGACAUACAGUGCAUUCGGAAAUUAUUCAGACCCCUUCCCCUUUUCUACAUUUUGUUACGUUACAGCCUUUUCUAAAAUGGAUUAAAUCAAAUCUACACGCAAUACCCCAUAAUGACAAAGCGGAAAAAGGCUUUUAGAAAUUUUAGCAACUGUAUUACAAAUAAAAAUUAUUCAGACUCUCUGCUAUGAGAUUCGAAAUUGAGCUCAGGUGCAUCCUGUUUCUAUUGAUCAUCCUUGAUGUUUCUACAACGUGAUUGGAGUACACCUGUGGUAAAUUCAAUUGAUUGGACAUGAUUUGGAAAGGCAGACACCUGUCUAUAUAAGGUGCCACAGUUGACAGUGCAUGUCAAAGCAAAAACCAAGCCAUGAGGUCGAAGGAAUUGUCCAUAGAGCUCAGAGACAGGAUUGUGUUGAGGCACAGAUCUGGGAAAGGUUACCAAAAAAAGUUAUGCAGCAUUGAAGGUCCAAGAACACAGUGGUCUCCAUCAUUCUUAAAUGUAAGGAGUUUGGAACCACCAAGACUCUUCCUAGAGCUGGCUGCUGGCUAAACUGAGCAAUCGGAGGACAAGGGCCUUGAUCAGGGAGGUGACCAAGAACCUGAUGGUCACCGACAGAGCUCCAGAGUUCCUCUAUGGAGAUGGGAGAACCUUCCAGAAAGACAACCAUCUCUGCAGCACUCCACCAAUCAGGCCUUUAUGGUAGAGUUGCCAGACAGAAGCCACUCCUCAGUAAAAGGCACAUGACAGCCCGCUAAGAGUUAGAAUCAGACCAUGAGAAACAAGAUUCUCUGUUCUACUUAAAUCUUGGUUUCAUUAUUUGGCCUGAAUGCCAAGCGUCCUGUCUGGAGGAAACCUGGCAACAUCCCUACAGUGAAGCAUGGUGGUGGCAGCAUCAUGCUGUGGGAAUGUUUUUCCGCGGCAUGGAUUGGGAGACUAGUCAGGAUCAAGGGAAAGAUGAACGGAACAAAGUACAGAGAGAUCCUUGAUGAAAACCUGCUCCAGAGUGCUCAGGACCUCAGACUGGGGCGAAGGUUCACCUUCCAACAGGACAACGACCCUAAGCACACAUUCAAGACAACGCAGGACUGGCUUCAGGACAAGUCUCUGAAUGUCCUUCAGUGCCCAGACUUGAACCCUAUUGAUCUUUGGAGAGACCUGAAAAUAGCUGUGCAGUGACGCUUCCAUCCAACCUGACAGAGCUUGAGAGGCUCUGCAGAGAAGAAUGGGAGAAACUCCCCAAGUACUGGUUUGCCAAGCUUGCAGCGUCAUACACAAGAAGACAUGAGGCUGUAAUCGCUGCCAAAGGUGCUUCAACAAAGUACUGGGUAAAGAGACUUGAGUUCUUAUGUAAAUGUCAUAUUUCAGUUUUUAUUUUAGUACAUUUGCACAAAUUUCUAAACGUUUUACUUUGUCAAUAUAUGGUAUUGUGUGUAGAUUGAUGGGGGAAAAAAAACAAUUGAAUCAAUUUUAGAACAAGGCUGAAAUGUAAAAAAUAUGGGGGGGGAAAUCAAGGGCUCUAAAUACUUUCCGAAUGCUCUGAACAUAUUUGUUGGUUCAAGCCAUUCCAGUAACUGAGAGACUUUUAACAAUAUUUUAAAUUAAGCAGACAAACUCAUUUUAAAAAUGGAAAUGUACAAAAUAUCUUCUAUCACACAUUCCAUUAUAUGCAACAUUUCAAUUUGACUUGCUGAAAGAACCGCUUCACCAUUUGGAAUGCUGUGGUAAAGUACAUGCAUGAGCUCUUCCUGUGUGCUACAUAGAUUUGUUUACUUCCAUUGAUGAGGGAAGGGGUAUCCUCAUAUUUCCUUCUAUUUUACCUAUGAAGUAGAGAUGAAAAGGCCAAAUCCAAGAAUGCACAGGUUUGCAACCAAAUAAUUGUAAUCCCUAACAGUUUGAAUUAGAAUAUAUUGUCCCUGUCUGCCAGUGAUGCAUAUGGUGUGCUAUCUGGUUGAACAUGGCAGAGAAAUAGCAAGGCACAUUACAAAAUGUGAUACCUCCUGGCCUUUCAUAGGUUUACAAAUGUGAAACUCUGUCAAGAGCAACAUGUGCUGCCUCCUCACUAUCUACUUUGUUGUUGCACCUCAAAAAUCGCACGAGAGGAUUUCGACACCAACCAUUUGAGAUUGUUCUGAAACUGUUUCUGUAAUUAAUAACAGAUAGGGUUAUCAUUCCUGAAACAUUUAUUAUAUUUAAAUAUAAUUUCAUCUCUGAGAAAUGUAGCUAAUUGAUUGUACUCCAACUGGAAUUUGUGGGAUUCAGAUAAUAUUCAAUAAAUAUAGUACCCAAUAUCCAAUUUGGACCAACCGUCUUCCUACCAAUGAGUAAGACAUGAGGAACACCCCCAAAAACAUAUUUUUUUUUGUAAAAAGCCACCCACAGAUCCCCAACACCCCAUGUCAAACCCACCCCAACAACCAGUAAACGGUAGAAUUUUUCCUUGUUUGACAGUAGUAUGAAGCUGUGGCUUGGAGUAUUGCUUCUCCAUACUAUGUCAUGUGUACCUUGUGAAUCUGGUUAUGUUUUUUCUCUACCUGCUCAGAGAUGUGUAAUUGAAGUUGCAUUAUUUACCCAAAAGUACUGUGAAAGUACCAUGCUUUGACCAAUAGAUGCCGCUGUUCUUACUAUACUGCCACACACAUCCAUUUUGCUGGUCUCUUGUGUUUAUUAAAUUGGUCACAACAUUUCCUUUGCAACUUUGGGUUCUUAACCAAUAUAUUUUAUGAAAAUAAAUUCCUCCAUGAAAGCAAUUCAGUUUGUCCUUCUCUUAGCAACCUAAUGCUUCAACCAAACUCUCCUUGAAUAGUCCAACAAGUGUCUGCUCUAUUGAGAGGUCUAUCUUUAUGCAAUUCUUAUAUGAAGACUUUUCCGACAACCCUAAUAAUAUAAUGAAUUGCAUGGCAGUCUUAUGUUUUUCAAUAACAUUCUCAGGAAACCGCUCUGUAUGUAUUGUGACAUUUACCAUUAAACUCAACACAACCAACACCAAUUGCAAAACACUACACAGUUUGGGUUUGGGACUUUGAAGACUAUAACAUUGACACCAUGAGAACUGCUGUAGCCUAAUAAUUUGAUUGUUCACCAGAAAUGGUCUAACAGUAACUCAUCCAUAUAUUUUUUAAGGUAAUAAACAACACACAAAGAAGCUGUUUCCUGGACACAGAUUAAGGACAAACUUAUUUGUUUUCCUAGAGGACUGGCUUGAAUUGUGAGGAUGACAAAUGUAUUUUCAUCAAACCAAAUAUAUUGAUUUUCUACCCAAAUUUGCUAAGGAAAUGUUGUGAUCUAUUUAAUAGACACAAGAGACCAGCAACAUUGAUAAGAGUGUGGAGGUAUAGCAGGAACAGCAGCCUCUAGUAGUCAAAACACCUGUUAUUUUCACACUACUUUAUUGUAAAUAAUGCAAGCGACUUACAUCACUAAUUUCUCUAACAUUUCACUGACAUUCACAGAAUAAAUGACAUCGUCACAGCUUCAUACUACUUGUCAAAUAAAGAACUGAUACUGGUUGUUGGGGUGGGAUUGGCAUGGGGUGUUUGUGGGCGACUUUACAUUUUUUUAUUCCUCAUGUCUUACUCAAUGGUAGGAAGACUUUUGGUCCAAAUUGGAUGUUGGGUACUAUAUUUACUGAAAUUAAAAUAGCCAAUUAAAAUAGCCAAAUAACUUCUCUAAGAUUAAAUUAAAUCAACAAACUAAUGCUUCAGGAAUGCCAAUCGUAUCUGUUUAACUACAGAAACAAUUUCAAAACAAGUCUACUGAGAUUUUCUACUGAGUGAUAAUUUUGUACAUUUAUUUUGCAGCUAUGUCCUGCAGGAUAUUAUAUGCCCUUUAAUGUAUACAAAAAAAGAGUAAAUUCCUGUUUUGGGUGUCCACGUGAAAUAUGUGCAGAUAUCUUUAUGUACAGAAAUACCUCCUUGUAUCUUGUAAUCCGUUUGUUCUCAUGUCUAAAUAUUAAUGAUUAACAUUAUUUUUAAAACGCAUUUAAGCCUUAACUAUAUUGUAAUUGUAUCAUCACAUUGUAUUUGUCCCAUAUUGAUGCUUCUCUUAUGCAUUUUGAUUUUAUAGCAUGGAAUAAUAUACUGUAAACUAUAUUAACCGUUAACCCCUUUUCUAUAGUAAAAUUAUUAAAUAGGUCUGGCUAUUAUUACAACAAUAAAUUCCUUUGUCCUGCAAUGACUUCCCGAGUUCAAUAAAGGUUAAAUAAAUCAUUUUUAAAAUG